AUGAAGAAGAAGAAGAAGAAGAAGAAGAAGAAGAAGAAGAAGAAGAAGAAGAAGAAGAAGAGGAGGAGGAGGAGGAAGACCUUGUAG